GAGAAGAAGAUCAAAGGUUCCAAAGGAAGUCUAUGCAGUUGCGCAGUCACAUAUUCCCUACAGCGGCCGUAUGGCGUUUAAAAAACAGCCGUUUUAACAUUUUUUACCAGCUACAUAUAGGUGGUUUGAAUAAAAAUGAAUAAAAAAAGGGGAAAUGUGACUGUAGCAUUAAGGACCUUAUUACCAUCAUAACUUUAAAAGUUUAGGGAACUGAUUCAUAAAACUUGGAAAUUUUUUUUUGGACAAAAGAGUAAUCAAGUACCACUGAACAUCCUGUGUGCAUUUCAGGUCACAUGACCAAGGUCAAAGAUCAUUUAAGGUCAAUGAACUUUGAUUUGAUUUGAUUUGAAUUUAUUUUUCCACUUUCGUUUACAAUAACAAAUCAUAUAUGACAAUAAUACAUAUCAAUCAAGAAAUAGUUACACAAAAUCGAAAAAUUAACAAUAAUUUGUCAAAAAAGAUAACAAAAGUGGGGGAACCUAAAUUAAAAGCAAAGCUUGUAUUGCUUAGGACCCAGUGAAAUAACAUUUUUUAUUUAUACAACAUUAACUUUGGCCUUGGGGGGGGGGGGGGUAUUUGUUGUUCCUUAAAUUAUAUGUGUUUUUAAUAUUGUGUUAUAAUAUUUGCAGAUGCCAAUGAGGUUUCACUAAAUUUGAUUCGAUUCAAUACAUUUGCAUGGAUUAUAGAAACAUAAAAAUUUGAGGAGAAUCUGUGUCAAAUUUGUAAAAAAAAAGUUUAUUGUUUCAUUUUCUCUUGUGCAGAAUAAUAAUUUAAAAGACCAGCUCUCAAGAGUAGGUAAUGGAAACCACAAAGACCUCAAUAAUGGAGAUACCAUUCACAGUAUUAGCAACACAAAGAGGUUAUCAAAUGGGUCCAUUGACCCAGAUGACGACGUUAGUAGGGUUAUCGAGCUUCGCGACACUCUUGAGAAACAGAAUCAUGAGUUGGGUCAGGCUAAAAUUAGGGUAACGGAUGCUAACAUCAGGGUUGCAGAGCUAGAGGAGAGUCUUGCUAUGGCUCAGAAAGAGAUGCUCAAAGCACAGGAGAGUGCUGCUAAAUAUCAAAGGGAUGCUAAAGAGGCCAUGGCCCAGAAGGAGGAUAUGGAGGAACGUAUAGCUACGUUAGAAAAGAGAUAUCUAAAUGCCCAGCGAGAAACCACAUCUCUACAUGAUCUUAAUGAUAAAUUAGAGGCUGAGUUAGCCAGUCGAGAGGCUGACGUUAAACAGUAUGAAGAUAAACAGCGAGGAAUGCAGGAGAGACUAGAUGCCUCAGAACAAAGGUUAUCACAAUCAUUAAGCAAAGCUGAAGCAUUACCAAGUGUAGAAGCUGAAUUAGCUGAUAGAAUGGCUGCACUCUCUCAGGCUGAAGAGAGGCAAGGAAACACAGAAGAAAAACUAAAGCAACUCAGGAAUGAAUUAGAAGAAUGUAAACAUGAACUAGAAAGGGCAAGAGAGAGGGAAAGAAUGAAUGAAGAACACAAUAAGAGAUUAUCAGCGACAGUAGAUAAACUAUUAACUGAAUCAAAUGAAAGAUUAAAGAUACAUCUCAAGGAAAGAAUGUCCGCUUUAGAUGAUAAGAAUGGGAUGACUCAGGAAUUGGACAAGAUCCGACGAUCAAUGGAUGAGAUUGAAAGAGAGAAGAGUAAAGUUGUUGAAGAGAGGGAUCGAUUGAGAAUAGAAAUCAAGUCUUUGAGAGAUGGAUUUGAUUCUGAUGGCUCAGCUAGAAAUAUAAGUAGCAGUACAACAUCCCAAGCGGUACCUGAUGUUGUGAUGGCCAAUGCUGCUAAACAGGGAAGAAGUGAGGAUGAAGUAAUACGGCGCCCUCAGAAGGGCCGCAUCGAAUCACUCAAAGGCAACGAUAGAAAGCAGGUUCACACGUUGAAUGAGCAGGAAUGGGAGAAGGCGGAGCAGGCCAAUGUCUUGGCAAACAUUGCCCAAGCUUUUGAGAGCGAGAGCUCUUCACCUGCUGGUGAUGAUAAUGCAGAUAUCUUCUCAGCGGUUGAUAUGUUGUCUCCUCAAGGUCAGACCGAUGCUCAGACGUUAGCAGCGAUGCUUCAGGAACAACUAGAUGCAAUCAAUAAUGAAAUCAAAUUAAUACAAGAGGAAAAAUUUAGCACGGAGCAGCGAGCGGAGGAGCUUGAGCAUCGGGUAGGAAGCGUUGAUAACAUUGAUAUAUAUGGGACUUCCCCGAGUCAUCGCUACUGGAAUCCAGAACCAAGGUCACUUACAAGGUCAUUGCCAGGAAGUAUGCUAAUGAUGACUACAGCAUCAGAUCAGGGUCCAUCACAACAACGUACAGGAGAUAAUAAAUCACCUCCUCAAAGCGCUGAUUCAACACCGGUCACUGUUAGACGAAUCCAUCAAGCUGAACCAGCAUCACCUCUUACCUCUCACUAUAAACAUAGUGCCAGCCAACCUCAUAUAUCCUCACUAGGGGGCGCUGUUUAUGGCGUACGGGAAAGAGGUUAUGAUAGCGAUGUGGAUGACAUAGCUUCAAGGCCCAAAUAUGUUCACAAUCGUUCUAUGUCCCUUUCUGAGUCGGAGCUGCAGUAUUGGCAAAAGAGCGAGGUCAUCUGGGAACCUAGAACACUCAAUUUCAAGCCAAUAACAAAGGAGAAGGAAACAGCGGAGGUGAGACCGAUCCGAUGCGAGCCAAGUCCACCCAUGUCACCAAGAUCACAACAGCUUGAGAAGAUGGCUGCAGCUAUAGCCGCUCAAGCUAGUCAAAAUGAACAAAGAAGCAGAAACUCAAUGGAAAGUAACAGCACACCCAGCCCCCAUAGCAGUGCUAAUAGUUCACAAGACUCGCUUAAUAAGAAUUUACAGAAGAAACAAGCUUCAGGUAUAAAGGGCUCCCUCGGUAGGAUUUUUGGAAAGAAAGAGAAGCCUGGGAGAAGAGGGAGAGAACAUCCUGAUAAAGCCCAUUUUCAAGACGAUUCAUCUUCCCAAGACUCAAUGUCAAUUGGAGUCGCUGGCCAGAGAGAGCAAGAUAGGAGAAAGAAAAAGAAACAUGAAUUAUUAGCAGAAGCAAUAAGAGCAGGAACCCCAUUUGCACUAUGGAACGGUCCUACUGUAGUUGCAUGGUUGGAACUCUGGGUAGGAAUGCCUGCAUGGUAUGUAGCAGCGUGUCGAGCAAAUGUGAAAAGUGGUGCCAUCAUGUCUGCACUCUCUGAUACAGAGAUACAAAGAGAAAUCGGUAUUAGUAAUCCACUUCACAGACUGAAAUUAAGACUAGCUAUUCAAGAAAUGGUCAGCCUUACAAGUCCGUCAGCUCCGCCCACAUCCCGGACAUCUGAUGAGAAUAUCAAUGAACCCCCGCCCCGCCCACCUUCUCCUCCCCCACCCCCUCCCCAUCCAAUUGAGCAGACUUUAGCAUUCGGUGAGAUGAAUCAUGAAUGGAUUGGAAAUGAUUGGUUGACCAGCAUUGGCUUGCCGCAAUACCGCUCAACGUUCAUGGAAUGUCUGGUAGAUGCAAGGAUGUUGGAUCAUCUGACCAAGAAAGACCUUAGAGGACAGCUUAAAAUGGUUGAUAGCUCCCAUAGGAAUAGCUUCCAGUACGGUAUACUAUGUCUGAAAAAAGUCAACUAUGAUAGGAAGGAAUUAGAAAAGAGGAGAGAAGAGAGUGCAGUAGAGGUUAAAGAUGUAUUAGUAUGGAGCAAUGAAAGAGUAAUAAAGUGGGUAUGUUCUAUUGGACUCAAAGAGUUUGCUCAAAACCUGAAGGAAAGUGGCGUACAUGGAUCCAUUGUUGCUCUGGAUGAAACAUUUGAUGUCAGUGCCCUCGCACUUGCGCUUCAGAUUCCAACACCAAACACGCAGGCACGAAGCACGUUAGAACAGGAGUUUAAUAAUCUACUUACUGUUGGCACAGAGAGGAGACUAGAGGAGGUAUGUAAUAUUCUUCAAUGAGAAUAUAGUUUUGUCAGCUUCAUGAUAAAAUUUGCUAAUAAUUUUCAUUGACUAAUAUGCUCUCAUCUAUUGGGGUGUAUAUCAGUGAACGUCCUGACCAAACUUGUUAUGAAACACUCCCUGGAAUCAUCAUGAGAAAAUGGUCCGUAUACAAACCCUUUUGAAAAUACCAUAACUGUUUAACAAGUCAGUUUUGAGCAAAACUUGUUGCUAAACCCACUGACUAACUUUUAUUUAUUUGUUGAGUAAAUGAGCACAUGUUAAAAGCAAAAGUGUUACUUCUCAAAGAUCUCUCUAGUAAUGAUGAGUGGUUCAGAUCAUAUUGUUAUAUUGGCAAAAAGAAAUUACUCUUGUCAUUUUAUAAACGUUAUAGUUCUUCAUUUCGCACAUUUCUCAGAGAAUCAAAGAGAUUUUACACACAAUUUAGUGAGUGCAGUUACCAAAUAAGUUUGCUCAAACUUGUCAUGGUAAAUAGUCAUUGUAUUUAUAGAAACAUAGGGAUUACUUUUUUGUAUUUAUAAAAAGUUUGAUUCAUACAAGCACAAUACUAUAUUCUUGGAGAAACAACAUCAACAAAGCAACUAACAGUUUGGAAACCCCUCAUUAACUUUUUGAUACCAUUAUAUUUACAUUUGAUAUUUAUAUGGCAUAACAUAAAUUAUCUAUUCACUUGUCUAUAUUCAUGCCUUAUUUGUCAUCUAUUUAAUGAUUGAAUCUAAUAUGCCCUAUUUAUUUUGAAAUGACUCAUCCCCCAUCCACAUGUAUUUCAUUUUCAGUGAUUUUGAUAACUAGAAUAACACUUUUAUUAUUAUGAUAUAGUUUUUGGCUGAACUUUCUGAUCCAUUCUUAAUCGCUUGUGAUUUUUGUUUUUUAGAUAGUUUUGUUUAUUUAUUUAUUUUUUUUGUUCUGUGUCCUGAUGCUAUACUGCAUGGGUAAGGAAAUUGAGCGUGAAUUAAAUGAGGUAAAUUUCAACCUGAUAGUCACUUGGUUUUAUGGAAGCAAAAAAGGUGGUGCCUCUCUCAGUGAGAGAAAACAUGGUAUUUUCUAAGAAAUUGCAUCUUAACUUCUUAAUUGUCAUUUAACCUCAAUUGUAUUUCAGAAUUUGCCAUUUAAUACUUCUUAUGAGAUCUUGAAAUAAAAGCUUAAUUGAUUAUAAUAUUAGCAGUUAUAUUGAAAUAACAGUGAUAGGAAUUAAAGCACCAAAUCUACUCUGUUAAGAGUGUGUGAAGCGCAUGUAAAGUAGUGAAUUUUCACAUACAGUAGGAGUUUUUAGAAGAUUUUGAGAGGAUUUGAUUUAUUUCAUUUGUGUUUGAUUGCAUCUCAUUUUACAAGUCACCAGUGAAAUGAUUAUAUAAGCAAAGGAAUCCACUCCCGCUCGCCCCCAAGAAAAAAAAAAUAGAAGACAAAAAUAGAUAAAUAAAUAAUGAAUGAAUUUUAAAAAAAUAAUGAAAUAAGUAAUAAAUAAAUAAAUGAAUAAAAAAUGGAUUAAAGAAUUAUUAUGAUACAAAUAAUAAUAGAUGAAUAAGUAAACAUUUUGGUUCUCAAUCAUCUUUUCUGUACUUCAAAUUUGCAAUACCUGGUUCUUGCUUCUAAUAAAGAUCAAUUUCAUAUCAGGGUUGAGUUUUCAUUUUAUUAGUGCAUGAUUCCGAUACAUCCACUUUGAUAUGAUCUGUAGUACAUUAUUGAUCAACAAAAUCAUGAAAAUGGAAUCUUAUUAGAUAAUAGUGCUUUUUUUAAAUUUUAUUUAGAAUUUUAUAUGGAAAUUCAUUAAUUUUGAUUACUGCAUAAUUUUUUUUGAGAUCGUAACUGAUUUUCACUAGCAAUAAUGACAACAGAUUAUCCGAUGCCUAGAAAAUUCACAUACAAUAACAUGCACAGAGGAGAACGGAAAAAAACUAAUCUUGUAAAACAAAAGAGAUUAAACAUUUUGUUUUGAAAUCUGUGACACAGAUGCUACGAUUUCCAGCUACAUCAUAACACACUUAAAACAAUUGUUUGACUGAAACAGUUUCUAGUUUAAUGACAACAUAUCAUAAUUGUUUGUCGGUAACGCAGACGCAAGUCCAACACCAGGAUGAACAUUUAUAUCAACAGUUAUCUAAUAAUACAACAACACACAUUAUAGGUCAAUUCAUUGUUUACUAUGAUGGUCAUAUGUGACCAGCCUAAACCAAAUCAAUAAUAAAUCUCCAGAGAAGGUUAUCUGAAAAUAACCAAUAAUGUAAUUUACUCUUCAAAAAUGAAUGACUAGAAAAUUAGCUUAUUAACCCUAUCUAGGCCGGGGUAUUUUGGGAGUUCAUAUGGCCGGGGGGGGGGGGGGGGGGGGCCUCCCAGGCCCCCUUGAGAUCUCGGCCA